ACCUGUUUGUAAACUUCCGGGAAGGGCUGUAGACGCUGGCUGCUGGUCGUUUAAUCAUGAAUUAAUAGAAUAGAGUUUGAUCGGCAUAAAAAAUCAAAUAAGCAACAAAUUAAUGACGACGUAAUUUUAAACUAACGCAUUUUAAAAUUAAGCGACGCCCAGAAGCUAACCCUGUUAGCCUGCUAAGGUCAGCUGAGUAAAUCACAGGCUACCCGCAGUCAUGAUGGCGUCCAGCUACAGCGCCAAAGAUGAGGACGGUCACAUCACCGUGUCUGGACCUGGCGGCGCCGCUCUGCGGAACAAGAAGCCCGAAAACACUGCGUUUAAGCAGCAGAGGCUCCCCGCCUGGCAGCCCAUCCUCACUGCGGGCACCGUCCUUCCGGCCUUUUUCAUCAUCGGGCUCAUCUUCAUCCCCAUCGGCAUCGGACUGUACGUGACGUCGAACAACAUCAAGGAGUUUGAGAUUGAUUACACAGGAGAUGACGUGUCCAGUCCCUGCUACAACUGCGCUGAGAACUUCAGCUGGAACAGCACGAAGUUUUGUACCUGCACAAUCCCCUUCCAGCUGGAUCAGCCUUACGAGAGCAACGUCUUCAUGUAUUACGGCCUCUCCAACUUUUACCAAAAUCACAGACGUUACGUGAAGUCGAGAGAUGACAGCCAGCUGAACGGCAACAUGGAGUCCCUCAAGUAUCCCAGCAAGGAGUGUGAGCCAUAUGCCCACAGUGAUAACAAGCCAAUCGCUCCGUGCGGGGCCAUCGCCAACAGCAUGUUUAACGACACACUCGAGCUGGUUUACAACGACCCCAACGGCACAAACGUCUCGAUCUCGCUGAUGUCGACGGGAAUCGCCUGGUGGACGGACAAACACGUGAAGUUCAGGAACCCUGGAGGCAGCAACGCAAAUCUCUCCGCCGUUUUCCAAGGAACGGCGAAGCCGGUGAACUGGCGCCGGCCCGUGUACGAGCUGGAUGCUGAUCCGGAGAACAACGGCUUCAUCAACGAGGACUUCAUCGUGUGGAUGAGAACCGCCGCCCUGCCGACCUUCCGCAAACUGUACCGCAUCAUCCAGAAGAAGAACAACAUGGCCCCCACGCUGCCCCGAGGAAACUACACCCUGAAGGUCGUUUACAAUUACCCCGUUCGCAGCUUCGAGGGCAGGAAGCGGAUGAUCCUGAGCACCAUCUCCUGGAUGGGAGGCAAGAACCCGUUCCUGGGCAUCGCUUACAUCACCGUGGGCUCCGUCUGCUUCUUCCUGGGUGUCGUCCUGCUGAUCAUCCACCACAAAUACGGGAACCGCAACAACAGCGCCGACAUCUCAAACUGAGGUGCCGACCGCGCUCCAGCUCGCCUCCGCCGCCGUGAACACGAUGUGACGGUUAAAACAGGAAACUUCUUUAUGGUUUAAAAUGUCUCCACGAUGGCGGAUUGAUUUCCAAAAUGAAUUUAAGAAGU